CAGUCAACCCGAAUUUCGCGGCUAAUCUUCAGUCAGACUGAGAAUGGCAGCCGGAAAAAUCUCUUGGCUUCGGAACUGUAAGCCAUGCCAAGAUUUAGGCAAUAAAAGUGAAAGCUUUUCGAUUCCUUUCCAUGAAAUCGCCCUCUGCUCUCUACCUCAGCUUCAUCUUCAAUAUCGCUUAAUCGGUGACCGAUUCUUCGUUCAUCAAUACGUCGCUCUCUCUGCCCAAAACUUCCCGCUACCGCCCCCCCCGCCUCCCCGCCCCCGUCCCACUUCUUUUUCUUCUUCUUCUUCGUCGGCUUGCUUCGUGGUUAAAGAUCUCGCCUUUCGUCCUGACUGAGCGGCUAAAAGUCUCACCUUUUUACCUUUCCGGGUUAGUUUCUGCAGUUCUGCGUUUUGGAGUUCUGAAAGAUUUUUGGCACUGAAAUGGUGCAAGAAGAGCAUCGGAUCUUUUACGACGGAGGGGAAGCAACGCGGGAGUCGUUGAAGAAGGUGAAACCCGACAAAGCACCGAAUCGUGGCCUCGGGAUAGCGGAGCUGGAGAAGCUCCGGAGAGAAGAAUGGCAGAAAGGGUUCUCACCCGGGGAGCUAGUCUUCCAUCCUCUUAACCCUCAGCAAAACACGAUCGUUCCUUUCCUCCCAGGGUUUGAUCCCAGUUUCCCGUUCGGAUACAAUGUUGAAAAUUUCCCCAUGUUACGGUCUCAUCUGCUAGAUUCAAGCCCACUGGUUUCGAGCGACGGUACAAUGCCAUUGUUAUGGAGCUCAUUUCAGAGCGAUAACUCGUCCAGCUCUAACUCGCAGUUUUCCCUCGCCACCUCCGAAUUGAAGCCGCCGCCACGGGAGUCGCAACCGCUUCUUAUAUUGCAGAAACCUGAGCCUCAUCAGCAGAUAUCUCAGGUCGUGAAUUACUCCUCGCUACAUUCAGUUCCUGAAGCGGGUCUUCAGAUGGAAUUGGAGCUCCCUUCAAACCAAAGCUAUUAUGGCAUUCUGACUCCCUCUUCCUGGGCAGAUCAGCAGCUAAUGAUGCAUCAGAUUGUUGCCAUGAAUCAUCCAUGGCAAAAUCAAAGGGUCUCUGUGGCAGAACCCAUACCUAUUUCUCACCCAGAUUGUGGCACAAUGAGGAUCAAUGGAACUCAAGGAACAAGCACUGAUUGUUCAAUAGAUACUGCUUUAAGCUUGCACAAUGUUGGUGUGAAUCUAAACAGCAACCAUCCUACAAUGAAGAGGAAUGUUGCAUCUGAAGAAGACAUUGCUGCUCCUAUUGAGGGAAGUGCUCUCAGCUUGGUUUGCUUACAUCCAAUUAGUAGCAAUGGUUGGUCCUCGAAAUCCGUUUCCGUCCGACCGUUUUCUGAGAUGAGUGCUACUAAGAGACAGAAGAAGACUAAAGAAAGUGCGGGGAGAAAAGCUUCAGCCACUCCAUCAGACGCUCUGGUUUUCUACAACUUCAUGGAAUUGCCUUACAGUGAUUAUGUAGCUGAGCGAGAUGUGAUUGUUAAUAAGAAAAAAAGGAGAUGGGAAGGCUCAGAAGCUGUUGAUGUUGAUUUAAAGCUUUGAGAUUAUUUUAGGAAAAGACUGGAAACCAUCGAUGCUACUUGGUCUUUAUUUAAUUGAACAUGAUAGAAUCUUUCUUUCUUGUAUUGGAAUCUUACUAUUUAGAAAAAUUUAUAUUGAUUUUUAAAAAAGUACAUAGAAUGGAUAACUUAUAUUACUGUGUUGCACUAUGAUUGUGGAGAUGCUUUGAACAAUAAAGAUCAGGAUGAUGAGAGAGUAAUAAAGGAGCAAUUUGCUUUC